UGUGCCACUAACUAGAGAGGACAAUGUAUCAGUGUUCAUAACUAAAAGUUUGUUGUUUCGUAGAGUAGGUGGGUACGUACUAUUAUUUAUGUGACACCAAUUAACGAAAGUGUAAAUCUUGACACCUUCAGCAAAAAAAGUUUAUGCCAAUCAAAUCGUUAAUCGUAGGGACGAAAGAGAACAACUUCAAUAGACUAUCACAGAAACUAAACUAAAACGUCAACCACGAUUUUGAUAAUUGAUAAGGCUAAAUUAUAAUGACUAUUUAAAAUGCUUAAUGUGGGCUUUAAUCUGUCGGUCGUGUAUUUCAUUACAUUACAAUAUUUCAACAAUUUUACUAACAAAUUAUCCGCCUGAUUUACAUAUGGCGUCCUAUAGGACGAUAAUGUAUAUUAGACUCAGGUUCUUCCCCGUAUAGUCAAGUUUUGUUUAAACUUAUAAAAAUGUCUGUUAAAAGUUGGGUCUUAUUAUUACUUUUCGUAAUACUCGCUAGCCUAAUAGAAUGCACUCGAGAAAAUGGAACUUCAGAAACAUUGAUUUUAGUACACGCAGUAUUUAGACAUGGAGACAGGACACCUGACGAAUUCGGACGUUAUCCGAACGAUCCUUACAAAAAUGAUAGUUAUUUUCCAACUGGAUCUGGUGAGCUAACGGAUCGAGGUAAAAGACGUGAAUACUCUGUAGGCAAAUCACUUCGUAAACGAUACAACAAAUUUCUUGGGGAUUUAUACACGCCAGGUCUUUUAGACGCAAGAAGUACAAACUUUAGUAGAACACAAAUGUCACUUUUACUUGUUUUGGCAGGAUUAUUUCCUCCUACAGGACGACAAAACUGCGAUCUAUUGCAAAUCUGGCAACCUAUUCCCUACACUUAUGAACCAACUGCAACUGAUAAGGUUCUUGGCUUUUUCACCGCGUGUCCUAAUUUUUUAAUAUUGGUAAAAGAAAAUUUGAAAAGUGAACAAGCCCAAAAAAUAAGCAAUAAAUAUGUUAACGUUUUAAAGCAUAUCUCUGAAAAUGCUGGCUGGAAUUCCACUAAUAUAUUCCACGCUUUUAUCUUAUACAUCACCUUAGAAACCGAGAAAGAAACGGGGAGAAAACUGCCAAAAUGGACGUCACAGAUUUAUCCACAACCUCUGCAGAAGUUAGCAUCAGAAACAUAUUUAGUAAUUACAGGAACUACCAAACUAAAACAGAUAGGAGCAGGGUAUUUGUUGCAAAAAAUUUUAAAGGAUACUCAGGCAAAAAUUAAAAAACAAGAAAACAAGAAACUUUAUUUGUACUCAGGCCACGAAAUGAAUGUGGCGUUUAUACUUAAUACCUUUGGUGUUUUUAAACCGCAUGUACCGCCUUAUGGAUCCCAUAUCUUAUUGGAAAUUCAUAAAAUAAAUGGGGAAUACGGAAUCAAGAUGUUUUAUGAAAACUACAAAUCUAUCGGAACUGGCUUACUCACAAUAUCUGGGUGUGAGCAAUUUUGUCCACUGGAUAAAUUUACUUCUUUGGUUGAAAAAUAUUUUCCAGACGACAAUGUUUGUGGAUGAAAGUAGGCACUUUUUGACUGCCAUCUUUACUUAAACCCAAUUUUGAAAAAUAACGUCAUUUUGUUCAAGGUAUUUAAAGCAAUGUAUAUUAAUGAGGAUGUUUACUGCUAACUUUGUACUUUGUUUUAUGAGAUAGAGACUCAUUAAAACGAAAAAAUAAACACAAAAACUACUCUUGCAUAUCUGUUUAAAUUAAAGUCGCUGUUAAAUGGUUAAAUUAUUUCUCGUAAAGUAGUGUUUCAGCAUAAGGUAUGCUCAUCAAGAACGUCAUCAAGUUGGCGUUGAAAACGCAAGCUCUCUUUUUCUUUGUUUGACAUAUUGCUCGUACAUGUUAUUUAUAUUUAAAAUAAAUUAUAAUUAAAUAACCACACUAUUUUUUGCUAGAAUAACGUGAAUUGUGAUUUAUAUUUCUUCUUCGUUUCCUAC